AUGAAGCUGGCAGUCUUCUGUUUGUGCAUUCUGCAUGUGACCUUCGUCAGUGCCGGACUCUUCACCCGCAACGAUCUUCAAGCCGUCCACAGUACACUGUCAGUGAACAGGGCCCAAGUCCCCCAGAGCGCAGGGUCUUUGAACCAAGGCAGACAGAGACCACUGUUCGCAAGGAGAGGACAGUAUGAAAGGCAGAGUGUCCCGAAAUCCAGAGUGGUUCCUGCCUCUCCAAAUCGCUCCCCUUCUCCUCCUCCUCCUCCCCCUCCUAAAGUGACACCCAAACCUGUGGAGUUCAAGUGCUCGUAUCUUAAACAAAGCUGUUUACCCCAGUCUGGCUGCUGUGAACCAUAUGCAACAUGCCACUGCCGCUUCUUCAAUGCAAUCUGCUUCUGCCGGAGGACAAAGUGACAAUACGAGAAGAAAUCAUAAA